GGAGCUGGCACAGCGCUGCGUGUCGGCCGGAGCAGCGCCCGUGUCGGCGGCCAUGGAGCUACAGGCGGCGCGCCGCGCCUUCUGGGACGUCCGAGCCGCGGCGCUGAGGAUGCUCGAGGCGCUCAUUGGCUGCUGCGGCGUCAGUCUGGUGCAGCGGGCCACUGCGCUGAACGGCCUCCUUGUGAGCGCUCUGCAGGCGCCGGCCGCGCCGCGCCCGUCCCCGGCGGCCGAGGCGGCGCACCGGCAGGCGCUGCGCACGGUGCGCGCGUGGCUGACGGCGGCCGGCGCCGGCUGCGGCCUGCAGGAUCAGGCGGAGAAGCUGAUCACCAUGCUGUCUGAGGACGUCCGACCGCCACAGUCGGCCAAAGUAACACUCCAGACCAACCCGGCGGCCACUAACGGUGUGACCACCAACCCAUCCAAGAAGAAGCGGCGCGGCGCCGGCGAGUGGCUGGAGGCGGACCUGUCGGCGCGCCAGUCGGCCCCGGUGGCGCGCCGGCCGGGUCGCUGUCUGGCCGCGCUGGAGGUGCUCUGUCAGCUGGCGACGGCUCUGGGCCCGCUGCUGACCGUCUCGGCUCACCGGGCCGCCCAGCAGCUGUGUGUCGGCCUGCUGCUGGAGGUGCAGCGGGCGACUGGAGCGCCGCCGCAGCCGUACGACCGGCCGGCCUGCCGCGCCGGUCUGUACCGCCUGCUGCGUGCCCUGGUGGCCGACCCGCACCCCGCCUGGCCGGCGCCCGUUCAGUUCGCCGUGGGACUGUUCGCGCACGGAGCCAGAGAUGAAGAUAGCACGGUGUCGAUGCUGUGCCAAGACAGUCAGGCGCUCUGCUCUCGUAUCGUCCAGCCUGCACAUCCCACACUGUUCUUCCCCGUCGACCUGUCCGCCUGGAGCAAGCCGCCCUCAUCGACCGACCCAGCGGACGGCGCAGCCGCCCCUGUCACUGAUCCAGCGGCCGCGGACGGGACGGCAGCGUUCCCCGCGCCGUCCGGCGGACCGGCGGUCACCACUGACGUCACCAAUGUAUCCAAUGACGUCAGAGGGGCGCCGGAAGCCGCCAAAGACAUCCCUAGCGAUGUCAGUGAGUGCGGCUCUAGCGACACUGUCCGCCUGGGCAGCCGGCUGGGCUCGGUGACAGCAGCAGCAGCGGCGGCGGCGGCGACUCCUGCCGACAGCCGCGCUGGCUCGCCGCCGGGUGCAUCGGCACCGAACAGUAGCCGGGCCUCCCCGCGACCCGCCGCGAGCACAGCCGGCCUCGGCGGGGGCCGGGCGUCGCCACCCGAGAGGAAGCCACCGGCGGCCUGGCUGGCGGGCGCCGCGGCGGCUGCGGGGGGUGCCAGGGGCGAGGCGGCGUCCGUCACCACUGUAACAAUCGCCUCCAGCGAGAGCUCUGCGUCGGCUGACGGCCGGCGCUCGGUCGAGCUGGCAGAGAUGGAGGAGGACCAGAAGUCGAUUGUCCUCGGAGGCAGUGAGGACGGGGAGGAGGAGAGCCGACCGACCGCGCGUCGCCCGGCACCCGACGAGAGUGACGAGGUGGAAAUACUGGAGACCAAGCGGCCCAGAAGGCAGACCAUGAACGAUGACGACCUGGCGCCAGAUGUGGCCGAAAUGCUGAAGGAUUUCGUGAACGAGGACCCGGAGGUGGAGUGAGAAGGGAGAGAACGUAACGCGGGUCAAGGGAGGGAGGGGAGGCGAAUGAGCGUCCGAUGGGAAUAUGUGAAUUUUGGAUGCUUAUGUUUGGGCUGUGUUCUUAACAGCAAGGAACUGAAAGCUGUUUUCCUGCCGCUGGGCAGAAGAAAAGGAAGCUACGCUUGAAAGAUGCGUUUCCAGAAAAUGGACAUGCUCUUUCUGGGUCAUGGUAGACGUGCUACCUUCGGCCAGGCUUCUGGGGAGCUCAGGCAGCUGGAGUGUUUUCUCCUCUGGGUAAGUCUCGCUCUUGUCUGAGUUCUCAGUUAUCUGUACGCGGUGUCCAUUUAUCCAACAGUGGAUUUCCUGUGCCGAUGCGGGAAUACCAUUCAGGGAGUCUCACCAGGGACCUCUUAUGCUUGCCGUAUGCGGCGGGCGACCGCUUCCAACAGAGCGGUGCUUGUGUGGCGAAUGCUGGGCAUGUUGUAAAAAUAUGCGAAAUAUUUGACCGAGCCGAGAAAUACAUGGUUUCAUGUUAAACAAUCUAGAUGCGUGUAAGGUACUAACUGGAAACCAAACCAGUGUUUUUUAAGCAUCAGGCUUAGAACCAGUGUCUAUGUUAAUGACUAAUGGCAUAAAUGAAUGCGCCAAACCCCA